GCGACCAGGUGGAGUGGACAAUUUAAAAUGUCUGACUGGGAGGAUGAGUACGACGAGGACGGUGUUGCUAUCGAGAAAUCGGCUACAAAAUCAGUUCCGACUGAAUGGAAACUGCCAUGUGAUGACAGUCAACGGGAAAAUGUAUUUUUCGGUGUAAGAAAUGGAACCAGGUGUGGAGGGUUAAGAGAGCGGAAAGCUGAUCGUGGUGGCGACUUUAAAAGCCGAAGAGGUGAUGGCCGCCUGUUUCCCCCGAACACAAAUCGCGGAGCCUCAGGACGACGAACAUUUGGAGAUGAAAACUCGGACUCUUCCCCGCCAGUGACUAUCACCGUGGAAAAUGCUUCAGUUGGGAGGAUAAUAGGUCGUGGAGGAGCCAAAAUUCGUGAACUGGAGGAGAGCACAGGUGCAAGAAUCAAGAUAAACAAGGGGGACUAUGAAGGUGAGGUGGUCAUUUUUGGGUCCUCUGCUGCCCAGCACAAGGCCAAGCAGAUGAUCGAAGACCUGGUGGCAGAUGGCGGGUCUCGAUUUCGCAACGGUCCUAGUAGGGUGGGAGACUAUAGAGGAGGAGGAGGAGGAGGAGGAGGAGGAGGAGGUGGUGGCGGUGGUGGCGGCGGUGGUGAUGGCUCCGUCUGGUCUGCUGCAGAAUUACAGGCUAGCAAUGCUCCCCCAGCCCGUGUAUCCAUAGACUGGAACAGCAUCCGGGAGAACAAGGAAAAGUAUGAGGAGCUCAAGUGGAAGGACCUCCCACCCAUGAAGAAGAAGUUUUACAUCGAGGCAGAGAGUGUGUCCAUGCUCACAGCAGAGGAAGUCAGUGAAUGGAGGAAGGAGAAUAACAACAUCUUUGUGGAUGACCUGAAGGAGGAAGGAGAGAAGCGGCCCAUACCCUAUCCCUGUUGCACUUUUCUAGAGGCCUUCAAGCUUUAUCCAGAGAUCAUGGAAAAUAUUGAGCGAGUUGGCUUCGUUAAACCAACUCCCAUCCAGUCUCAGGCAUGGCCAGUGUUGCUGAGUGGGGAGGACCUGAUAGCCAUCGCUCAGACAGGAACAGGGAAAACCCUGGCCUACCUGCUGCCAGGGUUCAUCCACAUGGACGGACAGCCUGUCCCAAGGGCUGAGCGUAGCGGUCCAGGCAUGUUGGUACUGACUCCGACUAGAGAGCUGGCCCUUCAGAUUGAAACCGAGUGCAACAAGUACCGCUAUAAGGGCUACAGGAGUGUCUGUAUCUAUGGCGGAGGGGAUAGGAGAGGCCAGAUCAACCUGGUAAAGGGAGGGGUGGACAUAGUGAUUGCCACACCAGGCCGACUAAAUGAUCUUCAGAUGAACGAGCUCAUCAAUCUUCGUUCCAUCACCUACUUGGUGCUGGACGAAGCUGACCGUAUGCUAGAUAUGGGAUUUGAACCUCAGAUUAUGAAGAUUCUCCUGGACAUCCGGCCAGAUCGACAGACUGUCAUGACCAGUGCCACCUGGCCCACCGGUGUGAGACGUUUAGCCAAAUCCUACCUAAAGAAUCCCAUGAUGGUUUAUGUGGGCACCCUGGAUUUGGCGGCAGUUAACACAGUGCAGCAAACUGUGCUGAUUGUCCAAGAAGAGGAGAAAAAAUCCUACGUGUUUGACUUCAUCAGAAACAUGCUACCCCAAGAUAAAGUCCUUAUCUUUGUUGGCAAGAAGCUUGUGGCUGAUGACCUGUCCAGUGACAUGUGUCUGCAGGGUCUGGCUGUGCAAAGUCUCCAUGGUGACCGUGAGCAGUGUGACCGUGAAGAAGCUCUCAAGGACUUUAAAGAGAGUCGAGUUCGUAUCCUGGUCGCAACAGACUUAGCAUCUCGAGGGUUGGAUGUGCAUGACAUAACGCAUGUCUUUAACUUUGACUUCCCACGUAACAUAGAGGAGUACGUCCAUCGUGUGGGCCGCACUGGCAGAGCUGGACGUUCAGGUGCUGCUGUUACCCUGGUAACAAGAGAAAACUGGAGAAUGGCCCCUGAACUGAUUCCCAUCCUGGAGCGAGCAGGACAGGAGGUCCCUGAUGAGCUGGUGCUUAUGGCAGAGAGAUAUGAGAAGCACAAGAGGGAGAAGGAUAUGUAUAAUCCAAGGGGAGGUCAGGAACAAGGAAGAGGAGGAGGAGGAUGGAGAGAGAGUGGAGGGAGAGGAGGUCGGGAUCAAGGUCAUAACUGGGGAUUCUAAAGGGUGAUUGUCCAUUGGGGAGCAGGAUCUGAAACCGCCUGUGUUCUCAUUUCUUUUGAAUGUACGUUUAAUUGUCAUGUUUCAUUUAUUUUCUUUGAAUGAAAAGUUAUUGGUCUUUUUUGGUUGUUGUUUUUUUUUCUUUUUUUCUGGAUUAACAUCCUUUAUCUUUAAUCAUUUAGAGGUAGUUACACCUCAUUAUGUUGUCCUCCUGAUAUAAAAAUGUUUAAAAUGCACAAUCUUUACAGUUUUUCUCUGUUUGUAAUUCACCAACCACAGCAGUGUUUUAUAUCACUCUGAAUUUUCUGUUAUAUCAUUUCUUGAUUUGGGCAGAAAGAAUUGUCUAAUAAAUUCUCCUUUUAAAGAGA